UUAUCCUUGUAGUCUUAUUACCUCUUCGUACGUGCAAGUCAAAGUGUUUUGGUAAUAGAUAGGAGCUUGAUCCCAACUUACUUCCGAUUCGGUAGAAGACGCAGUUUCACACAUUCCAAUGCCACAGAAAAUGCAUCCCCUCGAAUCAAGGCAUUCUUUAUGUGCCCAAGCAUCACAAUCAUUGCAUCGUAUCCAGUCAGUGAGUACAUCUGA